UUUGCUGCAAUGCUGAAAUGGCGGGAAAGGGGAAUUUCUUAUUAAUUUAAACAAUUAAAACCAAAUCAAUUAUGACUUUAAUGCAUUUUUUUUUGUAAUUAUUCUUGAUGACAAGCCAACGAAUUGUGCCGUUUCGAUAACAUCACGCUUAUGACGUCACGCGCCACGAAGCUCGGACAACAACAAAAGCACUUCGAACCGGCAAGAACUGCUAAAGGCGAAAUAUUUUGGCAUUAUUAUUAAAAAUUCAGUAUUUUGGCAUUGGCACGGGCCAAAAUACACGCAAUUAACACUCGCACGCACGGUACGAGAGCGAGUGAGAUAGCAAGUACUUACUCAUGUGCUGAGCAGCAACAACAACAAGAAAAUAAGAAAAUUCAGAGAGAGUUCUGAGAUCUCAUAUUCGGCUACUCGAUGUGGAUGUGAUUGUUAUAUUUUGUUAUUAGUUCAGCGACGCCACUCGUCAUCAGCCGUCAACCCGUAAACGAUGUCCGAAGAUGCCAAGAGUCCAGGACCACGUACACGGAACAUCAUCGAGAACCAGCUGUUCCGCCGGCAGCGCAGCUUGAAACUAGAGGCUCUUCAACGCCAGCGGACCUUGGAUUCUGGCGAAGGUGUAGAUGGUUUGGGUCCAGAUCAGGAACCCUUCGACAAGACCCACAUCGUCAUCAUCUUCACGGAGAAGGCCAAGCUUAGGCACUGCCAGGAUGUGGAGAAGAUCAUCCAGGAGUUCGGCAUACAGACCACGUUGGAGAUCGUAGGAAAAACCGAAAAGUACCUAUACUUGUCGGCCAGCGUUGAUACCUUGCUCCGUUUAGCAGAUGCUGCCGAGCUGGAGAAGAUGACCACGACGAACAGCAUGCAGAAGUUCAACAACGGCUGCAUCUCGGACUUCCUUUUGCCCGGAAUGGGCAAGGAACAGAUCCUGCGCUACUGCGAGAUACCUGUCCUCAUCAAGGACGUGAUUCAGGACGGCAUUAAGUCGUAUGUGCAAAAGGGCUACAUUGAGGAUAUGUUUCCCCUACAUGAUAUCCUAUAUCUGGAACGUUUUAACUGGAACCUAAAGCGCACCAGGCUGCCCAUCGAGGACAUCCGAAACUACUUUGGUUCAAGCAUAGGUCUUUAUUUCGGUUUUAUCGAGUUCUACACGAAAGCUUUGAUCUUCCCCUCUGUUUUUGGUAUAAUUCAAUAUGUAUUCGAUCUGAACAUCUCGCUAGUGUGCAGCUUUUAUGUUGUAUGGACCACGAUUUUCUUGGAGCUGUGGAAGCGGAAGUGCGCUGGCUAUUCGUACCGAUGGGGUACCAUCGAAAUGAGCAGCCUGGAUAAACCGCGUUCAGCCUAUACGGGCAAAAUGAAACCAGAUCCCAUUACUGGAAAAAUGACACUCCAUUACCCGAUGCGCUACACGUACCUGCAGAUGUACUGCAUAUCGUAUCCGGUGGUACUGGGUUGUGUGGUGGCCGCUGGAUGGUUUGCCCUCUAUCAGUUCCAGAUCGAGGCCGAGGUGCUCGCGGAUUUUGGACCAGACUCAUGGCUGCUGUACGUGCCGGUCAUUGUACAGUCGGUGCUGAUUGCAAUCUUUUCGUGGGCGUACGAGAAACUGGCCACAUUCCUUACCAAUUUGGAAAACCAUCGAACACGAUCGCAAUACGAUCGUCAUCGAGUCAACAAACUAAUGCUCUUUGAGAUCGUCAAUAACUUCUUCUCACAGUUCUAUAUUGCCUUCGUGCUGCAGGAUCUGCGCCAGCUAAAGUAUCAGCUGAUGAUGCAGCUGUUGGUCUUCCAGUUGCUGUGCAUCGCCCAAGAGAUUGGAAUACCGCUGAUGGCGGUGCUGCGUCAAAAGUACGUCGAGUUUCGACAUCGCGAGGUAGCCGAGGAGAAGCUGCGAUCCAUUAGCGAUCUGCCACGCUAUGAGCAAUCGUUUUAUGAGUCCGGGCUAGAUGAAUACCAUUCCACUUACGAGGACUACCUGCAAGUGUGUAUUCAGUUUGGAUUCGUGGUACUCUUUGCCGCUGUUGCCCCUUUUGCCGCGAUUGGAGCUUUGUUGAACAACGUCUUUGCCGUGCAUAUAGAUAUGUGGAAGUUGUGCAACAUCUUUAAGAGACCGUUUGCGAGGCGCGCCAAAAAUAUUGGUGCUUGGCAGCUGGCAUUUGAGCUGCUCUCGGUUAUGUCACUACUUAGCAAUUGCGGGUUGCUGUUUCUCCAGCCAAAUGUCAAGGACUUCUUUUCCCACUGGCUGCCAUCGGUUCCGGAUCUCUCGUUCGUGAUAUUUGAGCACCUGCUGCUGGGCUUGAAGUUUCUCAUCCACAAGGUUAUCCACGAGAGGCCGCGUUGGGUGCGCAUCGGUCUGCUUAAGGCCGAUUACGAAACAAGCCAGGCUCUAAAGCAACUCAAAAAAUUCAAGGCGGAGGCAAACAAGAUGGCCUGAUGGGCCAAUGAAUGACCGGAUCUCCCACUCCUUUUGGUGCUAAUCAAAUCAGUCCAUUUUAAAGCUUAUUAUUUAUAAAAAUACGACUAAGCGCUUUUAAUGUGAAUGCUCGAGACCAUCGGAAGAAAGGUGCCUUAAACCUAAAACACAUAUAAAUAUGUCCGCAAAAUA